CAGGCAGAGAGCAGAGGUGUGGGAUUCUUGGCCAGGACACCCCAUGUGUGGCUUCUGGGGCCCCUGUGAGCUCUGCCUUCUCCGGUGGAGAAAAGAUGAGACACCCGAGGUCACCGUAGCAUGGUAGCUGCUGCUGGCUGAAUGCUCGCUGUGUGCCAGAGGCUGUUCUACAUGUAUGACAGGCCUUGUCUUAAUCCAGUUUUUAUGACAACCCUAGGAGAGACCAUGGCGAGCCCAGGGAAAGACAAUUAUCGAAUGAAGAGCUAUAAGAACAAUGCCCUAAACCCUGAGGAAAUGAGGCGAAGAAGAGAGGAGGAGGGCAUUCAGCUCCGGAAGCAGAAACGGGAGCAACAACUUUUUAAACGGAGAAAUGUGGAGCUGAUUAAUGAAGAAGCCGCCAUGUUCGAUAGUCUCCUCAUGGACUCCUAUGUGAGCUCUACCACUGGGGAGAGCGUGAUCACAAGAGAGAUGGUGGAGAUGCUCUUUUCUGACGAUUCUGACCUGCAGUUAGCAACCACACAGAAAUUCCGAAAACUGCUCUCCAAAGAACCUAGUCCUCCAAUAGAUGAAGUUAUCAAUACUCCAGGAGUGGUGGAUCGGUUUGUGGAGUUUCUGAAGAGGAAUGAGAAUUGUACAUUACAGUUUGAAGCUGCCUGGGCUCUAACGAACAUUGCCUCUGGAACCUCUCAGCAGACCAAAAUUGUCAUUGAAGCAGGGGCUGUCCCCAUUUUUAUAGAGCUGCUUAACUCGGACUUUGAGGAUGUACAGGAACAGGCAGUCUGGGCACUGGGAAACAUAGCUGGAGACAGCUCCGUCUGCCGAGAUUACGUCUUGAACUGUUCCAUCCUUAAUCCUUUGCUAACGCUACUUACCAAGUCCACACGACUGACAAUGACACGGAAUGCAGUCUGGGCCCUGUCAAACCUGUGCCGAGGCAAGAACCCACCCCCAGAGUUUGCAAAGGUCUCCCCCUGUUUGCCUGUGCUGUCUCGCCUACUCUUCAGCAGCGACUCAGACUUGCUGGCAGAUGCUUGCUGGGCCCUUUCUUAUCUGUCUGAUGGCCCCAACGAGAAGAUCCAGGCAGUCAUAGACUCUGGAGUCUGCCGGAGAUUGGUCGAACUUCUAAUGCACAACGAUAACAAAGUGGCUUCUCCUGCUCUGAGAGCUGUGGGUAACAUCGUCACCGGGGAUGACAUCCAGACCCAGGUCAUUCUUAAUUGUUCAGCCCUCCCUUGCCUCCUCCACUUGCUGAGCAGCUCCAAGGAGUCAAUCCGAAAGGAAGCUUGUUGGACCAUUUCAAAUAUCACUGCUGGCAACAGGGCUCAGAUACAGGCUGUCAUAGAUGCAAAUAUCUUCCCUGUGUUGAUUGAAAUCCUUCAAAAAGCCGAGUUCCGUACAAGGAAAGAGGCAGCCUGGGCCAUCACCAAUGCCACAUCAGGAGGAACCCCUGAACAAAUCAGGUACCUGGUCUCCCUGGGCUGCAUCAAACCCCUGUGUGACUUGCUGACUGUGAUGGAUUCAAAGAUUGUGCAAGUCGCCCUCAAUGGACUGGAGAACAUCCUUCGGCUCGGAGAGCAAGAGGGCAAGCGCAGUGGCUCAGGGGUCAAUCCCUACUGUGGCCUCAUCGAGGAAGCCUAUGGCUUGGAUAAAAUUGAGUUUCUCCAGAGCCAUGAGAACCAGGAGAUCUACCAGAAGGCCUUUGACCUCAUUGAGCACUACUUUGGCGUAGAAGAUGAUGAUAGCAGCCUGGCUCCCCAAGUGGAUGAAACGCAACAGCAGUUUAUCUUCCAGCAGCCUGAGGCCCCCAUGGAGGGCUUCCAGCUAUAAUGUCUGCCUCCGGGGAGGGGAGGGGAUGGGAAGCACCACCAACCAGCGGAAAGGCAGCCCUCUGGUGGGCGGGAAACCAGCCCUCCCCACCGUCAGCCACCACACACCUCUGCUGCCCUGGAAACUGUGCUCUUGACCUGCUCCGCCCCCUUCCCUGGAGGGAGCACCCUCUGGACAGACAGAACCAUCUGAGGCUCACAUUUGGGUUUUGUGACAAGAAGGGGACGUGUUGGGUUUUUCUUCCUUACACUAGAUUUUGGCUGCACAUAUGUCUUUAACCCAGGAGCCCAGGGGUAGACAAAGGAGGACUGAGGUAAUCAAUUUUGCACCUUUUUUAUUUUUUAUUUUUUUUUCUUUAGUGGUGACUUCCUUCCGUUUUAUCUUCCUUCAUCCUUCCCAGUCCUCUGCCCUGAUCUCUGUAACUCUUAUCUUGGGUACUUGAGCAGAUGGAAUAUUCCACAGGUCGGGGGUGGGAGGGGAGGGGAGAAAUCCAAAACAAAGUGUUCUUGCUCGGACAGAAUAUUAAUCUUGUAUGCUUGGAUUGCGUUAUUUAAUUUUUUUUCUUUUGCACAUUUUUCUUGUAUUACAAUUGCUCUUUCCCAGAGCCAUGAGUUCCUGGUUUUAGGAAUCCCAGCUGCCAGCAUUGUCUGGGACUAGAGGCUGAGGGGGAGGUCACCAUGAGACAAAGGCCCCUCCCUCCCUUUAACCCCUUGCCCAGACCUCUUUAGUUUGGGAGAUCCCCUUCACUCUCCUGGGGCAUGUACACCAGUGGGAGUGAGGGGAGAGGAACACAGGCCUUCAGACGGGGCUUCCCAUGUGUCGCUACUGAUCCCAUGUUUCCUACCCACCUUCCAGUGGUGCGACCCAACUUCAUUUGUUUACUUGAAAAUUCCCCUCAGAGUUGAGAUGAACCUCUGAGGUAGCUGUAUUUUCUCCUAAGCACGUGACAGAGGGCUGUGGUCCUUCCUUUCUCCUGAGGAGAAAGUCCUUGCUCUGGUGACCCAUAAAUUGCAGAGGAGGUUGGAGUGAGAGUGUCAUGUAUUGGGAUAGCCAGUGGAUCCCUGCCUUUGGCCUUUCUUCUUCUUCCUCUUCCGUAGUUGGAUCAUGUAUAUUUUACUUCCAAAGGAGAGAAUGUCAAAAAAGUUCUGUAUUUUUUUAUAUUCUAUAUAUUACGUAGGUCAACCUUAAUUGGUCUCAAGAGGAGGAACUGUCUCUGUAAUUUCUGUAAGUAGGUUACUGUAAGGAAGACCAAAAAGAGAUGUGGAAGCUCUCUUGCUCAGGAAGCCUGACCUUGAUCCUUCUCCUCUCUGCUUGGGUUCCGGGCCACCACCAGGGACCAACCCUUAGCUCUGGAACCUUUAUAUAGCAGGGCAUCCUGGUCUGAUUGUCCUAGUACCUGAAUGGAGGGAGCAAGGAUGGCCCCAGGGCCCGGUGAAGUCUACCACUCUAGUCCUUACCACUGAGCAUCCUGCUUACAUCAGGAAACCCAGAAAGCAGUCUGCCUCCUCAGAUUCAGUCUCAAACACCUUUGUCCACAUAAGUUAUCGCAGAUGGCUGCCGUGUCUCCUGUCCGAGAUAUUUAGCAGCCUCAGGACUUUUUUUGAGAGUGAUUGAUGUCUUCCCUGAUUGGGAUCCUUGUACAUGGUUUGGAUUUUACCCUUCCUGUGACAAAUAUAAUCCUAAUGCCUUUUCUUUCCCCUUUGAGUAGAGCUACUGCAGUGCCUCAAUGGCUUGCCUGUGUGCUUCAGUGGACUACAUGUGAUAGUAAAGCCCAGGUAUUGGGGGUGGGGUGGAGGAAGUUGCUGGCUAAGUGUAGGCCAGUGGUGGAGCUGAAGGCACAAUCUGCCCUGUCCCUGCUUCCCCACAGAGGUCGGGCAGAGGUGCCCUGCUCCAAACUGUAUUUUCCCUUCCCCAGGAACAAUGCCAUUCUUGCUCCCAUUGCUACACAUCCCCCUCUGGCUCAGGUGAAAUCCAUGCCACUGCUUACAGAUAAAACAUUCAGUUGUUUUUGGCCACUGGUCUUGAAUUUGCCCUCUCUUUCCAGUGUUGAGAUCCAACUCCAGAGGCAUUUUCUGAGAAAAGUGGUUGCGGCUGGUGGCUAUCACUGAAAAGUGACACCAGUGCUGUACUGCCUAAGUGAGUCAGAUGCUGCUCUGCAGGUUGGGCAUGAUAACUACCAACCCCACUCUCCCAGGUAGGCAAGGCGCAGGACCCUCUUCACUUGGCCUGCCGACUCCAUUACAAAACCAUUUUCCUACAGUUCAAAAGAAAGCCACCCCCCACCCCUUGUCCAAAGGGCAGAGCAUUUUAUUUUAGUAAGAUCUACUUUGUACAUCUCUAGCAAUAAUUAAGUCCCUGACAUUGGGACCAAAUUCUUAUUGUGAGACAUACACAUCCUGCCUUCCCCAGCUGUUCCUCCCAAAUCUACUUUUGCUUCAGAUCUGGGCCAUGCACCAAAGAGAAGACUCUGUUGAUCAUGGGUUACUACUCGAAGCCUGUUUUCUACAAGGACUCCAAAGGCUGAAGCCUCCCAGGGCACGAGGACAAAUUUCUCUUCAGAUAAACAUGGCCUCUAGGAGCUUUCCUUUGUUAGUGUCUUCCUCAGACUGUGCUUUCCCACUGUAUUCCUCUGACCCCCUUUUCAGUCAACAGGUGAAGUUCUUCCAGCCCACAGAGGCAGUAACAUCAUCUUUUGUAUCUCCUUCUCUCCUUUGGCCAUCUUGGGAAGCAAAAUAUUUUUUAGCCCAGGCUUGACAGCCACUCUUCGUGGGCAGUCCCCAUCUGGACUCCAGACCCUGGCCUAGGUGAAGUCAGAGCUUUCUGACAGAUUUCUGAAUGGAUGUUACAGGGAUGGAGGGGCUCCCCAACCUGCUGUAGGGAGUAGCCUGAGAAGACUUGUGUUUGGAAUCUUAAUACUUUGGCACAUAGCUAUGUCCAUUUUAAGAUCUCUGGUGGGUUGGAGAUACUUAGGUGUGGAUUAAGGGGACAAGGAGCCUUUUUCUUAGCUCAAGUGUUCAAAUACUGUUUUGAACAGUGCCAGCUAUUCUUUAUUGCCAGCCCUUCUGGGCGUCCCACCCCCAUGUCAUCUUCUCUAGUAUUAACAGGCUCUCUGGUCUUAGAAGCCUGCCUUCAGUUCUGAGCUAUCCCCACUGACCGACCAGCCAUGGUAUUGGCUGCAACCUUCUGUUAGAACCACAUAGGUUCCACCCUCACCUGGCCAGCCUAGUUACUUGAGGCAGUGGGUACAAAAGACCCUUCCAAGUAACGUGUUGAUGACUUCAGCUUUCCGGGACCCUUUGUGUUCCUCCUUACCUAGAACCUUUAGAUCUACUCCUGUUUUCUUUUCCCUGGAAGCCUCUUUCCAAGAGCCCUAUUUAGAGCUGAACUGCACAGAUUAUAGCUGCUAUACCACACUUAAGGAAGAGCGAAAGAAGGCUCUCAGGCACUGACCUUCAUUUUCUCUUCAGCCAAACCAGUUUAAUAUGAAAACUCUAGCAGGAUGAACUAGAUUUCAAUUUUCUCAUGUCUGCCUGCCCUCCCCCUACACUGUACAAUUACCCGUUUCCAGCAAAAUAGAAGGGAAGGAGAUGAACGCCUAGCAGUACUUCCCUCCUCCUCCCACAGGCCCUUCUUUGAAGGCCUCAGCUCAUUUGUUCAGGCCAUGUCUCUUCUCCCCAAGACUCACUCAGCUUGGUAUCCAUCAUCUUGAAUAUUCCUCAGUAGAUUCAUCUUGUGGGCUUGGCUUCUGGAUUCUCAAUUGAAGGCAAGGAGCCAGAUUCUCCAGGUCCUUGCAGGCACUACAGGGACCCAUAGGGAGAAGAGGCUGGCUGGGGACCUCAGGAUUGUGUGUGCCUGUCUGCCUCCCUGGCAGGCUGGGGAAGGGUGCAAGGCUCAGUGCACUGAACCAUAGGAAAGCCUCACAACCAGUAGCAACAUCUUCCGGGUAGGACUAUCCUAGAAAUAAGUGCAUGUGAGACUGAGAAAUUGCUCAGAGUAGGUUUUUUCCAUAGCCGUUUUAGGAUUGCACAUUUUAGACCAAUCUUGUCCAGUGUUUUUUCUGUCUUAACUUUUGUAUUUUUUUUGUUAAGCCAACAAGCUGAGAAUUUGGCCCUGCGGGGAUCCAUGUGGUAGGCAAUAGCUGUUCUUUGGCCAAGGCCUUCAUAAAGGAUUCAGUCAUCCCAUUGGCUGUUCCCUAGACCCACCCCCAGAUGAAGACCAUGGUAAGGGAAGAAUUUUGAGGUCAGUAUAAACCAAGUAAGUCUGUUAAUUAAAGCUGUUUUCCUCUGAGAGGGCAUUUUGCAUCAGGCCUGGGCUACAUGCAGAAUCAAACCUGGCUGUGAAUUAGAAGAGGCACCAUUAAAUUUGAGGCCCAGAACAUCCCAGGAGAAAGAUUUGUGUAGUGUGUCAUAAAGGUCUUCAGUGCAUUUGGGCGCACCUCACUACUUCUGGGCCAGCCUGACUGCUGAUGUCCACAUUAGCACAUUCCUGAACCCCUCCGCUAAACUCUAGCCCUGCUCCCCUAUGUAGGUCAGAUGUUCGGCCUCUGGGUUUGGGAAGAGAAAACUCUGCCAUGGUGACAAUCCUCAGGCCCUGGAUUUGGGUAUUGGCUCUUUUAGCCAGAUUUGUGGGAACUGCUUUUGAUUGAACCACUAAAGAAGCAAAGGGGGUAUGAGGUCCCAGUUACCCAGGACAGACCAGAUAUCCCUCAAAAACAGCUUGGGUUCCCAGCUAUAGACCCUAGGAAGGUGAAUCAAACCUUUUCCCUUACUAGUUUUUCUUUCCAAAUUUAUUUGCUUUUAAGAACUAUAAACUCUGGCUAUUGUUUUCCAUGUUCUCAGGGCCCCUGCGUAGACAGACAAAGCUUGAUGAUUUCAGAGCAGAUACAGGCCAAGAAACCAUGGCAUUGAGUGUGCUGAGUCCAGACAAAUGAUAUUUAUAUACACAUCCAAAUUUGAAGAGAAAAUGUAUUUCUUUAGGUUUCAAACACUGUAAUAGAUAUAAAGCAAAAAUAAAAACCUGUUGCAAAGUUCUAAA